AUGAGCGGCAGCCACCGACGGCAGCCCCCGGCGGCGGAGGGCGGCGGCCCGGGCCCUUGGCCGCCCAGCGGCUCCCCGGAGGCGCCCGCCUUGGCCGCCUACCGCGGCGAGGCCUUCGGUGCCUUCCCGCAGGCGGGCGCCGCCCUUGCCGUGGCCGGCCCGUCGGGGCCGAGAGCGCCGGGCGACUACGGGCCGGGGGGCUACUGGUGGGGCGCGGGCGGCGGCGCGGCCUCCGGGGCGCCCUUCCUGCCCUACGGCGGCUCCGCGGCGGCGGCGCCCUCCCCGGCGGCGCCGUCGGAGCUGGGCUGGCUGGGCCUGGCGGCGCCCGAGGAGCUGCUGCGCCUGGUGCGGCCGCCCUACUCGUACUCGGCGCUGAUCGCCAUGGCCAUCCAGAGCGCGCCCGGGCGCCGCCUGACGCUCAGCCGCAUCUACCAGUUCGUGGCCGAGACCUUCCCCUUCUACCGGCGCGCCCGGGCCGGCUGGCAGAACUCCAUCCGCCACAACCUCUCGCUCAACGACUGCUUCCGCAAGGUGCCUCGCGACGAGGACGACCCCGGAAAAGGAAACUACUGGACCUUGGACCCAAACUGUGAGAAAAUGUUUGACAAUGGGAAUUUCCGUCGCAAGCGCAAGAGACGCUCCGAGAGCAGCACGCCUAGAGUGGCCUCCCCGGCUUCGGCCUUCGGGGUUUUGAAGACUGAGGGUAGGCAGCCCAGCACUUCUGCUCCCGGGAAGUCCUGUGGUGGGAGUCUCUCCCCGGAGCUGGAGCCAGCUGCUUCCAUGAGGGAACAUUCCAGAAGCGCCUCUCCGCCUGGGAUGGUCUCGCCCGUGCCCAGUUGCCUUGGCACCUUCUUCAGUGGCAUGAACUCGCUGAGCAACGGCAGCGGCCGCCUGACGGGGAGUUUGGGCAGUGAGCUGCAUCCCAGAAGCCUUUCUGCUGGGCCGCUGAGUGCCGGCGGUUUGGCCCCUUCCAGCAGCUCCUCGCAGGAAUUCCCUCCUGCUGAGCAGCUGCAGCGAGUUCCCGGGCCCACCAGCUCCUACUACAGCCCUUUGCACCCCGGCAGUGGCAGCCAGGCAGGCCAGUACAACCACUUGUAUAACUUCACCGUUAGUAGCCUCAUCUAUGCUCGGGAGGGCACAGAAGUGUAG